AUGGACACACGACCACGCCUGCAGAGAAUUCAGGAUUAUGCAUUUACAGGUACUGGCUUGAGAUCAUGUAGGAAGAAGCUCUACAGAGGGGUGAGACAGAGGCAUUGGGGGAAAUGGGUUGCAGAAAUUAGACUACCACAUAACAGGAUGAGGAUCUGGUUGGGAACACACGAUAUUGCCGAAGCAGCAGCUUAUGCCUAUGACCGUGCUGCACAUAAACUACGCGACUCUGCAAAGCUAAGUGCUGUGAGAUCCUCUGUCGACAGCAAAAUUCAGGCCAUCUGUCAUAACUUAAGGAAGAAGAAGAAGUCCAAUAAAGAUGGUGAUGCCCGUGAAAGAAGCAGUCGUGAUGAUGGUGGCGGUGAAGAGAUUGAUAAGAGAAGAAAGAUAGAUUCAUCGUCUUCGCAAUUGUCGACGUCUUCUUCAUCAUAUGUUCCUGGUGAGAAAUGGUGCGAAGAAAUGUUCUCGCCAUCUAAUUCUGCAUCUUUUGUUUCCUAA